AUGUUUCGGCAGCAAUCUGAUCAAAGUAGACAUGAUGCUACUCGUAGCUACAUGAACACUAAGAUGAAGAAAGGUGUAUCUGUACGAACUCAUGUAUUACACAUGAUUGGGUUACUGCAUGAGCCAAAGACACAUGGGGCUACCAUUGAUGAGCGUACUCAAGCGAGUAUUAUACUUGAGUCCCUCACUCCUUCCUUCCAACAGUUCACCACAAACUAUGUGAUGAACAAACUCCAAUUCAACACGACUCAGCUGUUGAAUGAACUUACAAUAUUUGAAUACCUCAACAAGGAUAAAUCCAAGGAAGUUGAGGCAAAUAACGUGGAAGAGAGGCCUACUUCAUCUUCUGACAAGAAGAGGAAGUGGAAUGAUAAGGACAAGAUCAUUAAACCCAAGAAAGGCAAGAAGGCACCUAAAGCCAAUGAGAAUGUAACAUCCCCAAUUUGCUAA